AUGGAGACGAGACGGAGUUUACGGAUCAGAGCAGGAAAUCCCCUGAAGGAAGAACCCGGGGGGGGGAACACGUCCAUAGAGAGGGAGGAGCCAAAAGCGAAGGAGGAGCCCAAAACGAAGGGAGGGGGGAAGGCGAAAGAGGAUGCAAAGAAAGGCGCUGGUGGAGGGGCGAAUAAGGACGCCAACAAAGGGGCAAGUGGAGAACAGGAGAAGGAACAAAAGGGGAAGAAGACCUCCCAGAGUGACAAAAAUAAGAAGGGCAUUAAAAGACACGCAGGGGGGAAACGUGGGGAUGGGCAGCUGGAAGGGGUCGCCGAGCAGGACAUGUCAAAUGGGACGAACGAACCAGAGGAAUUCUCCAAGAAGGGGAACAAGACAGGGAAGGAUGGUUCCAAUCGUGUGGAAGCCACGAAGGGAAAAGCCACACAGAGGAAGAAGUCACUAGAGGAGGCGAAGCACAUCACCACGGCAGACGCAGCAAGUGAAUGUAAAGAUGUGACCUCAGUGAAUAAUAGGAGUGAGAGGAAUGUGAAGGGAGGGGGAAUGCUAUUAAGGAAAAGGAGUAGCGUCACGAGCGAAAAGGACGGGGCGAACGGUUCAACGAGCAGGAGUAGGAAGGGAAAGGAUGGGACAGGAGGUAUCUCAGGAAGUGGCAUUAAAGGAGUGAAGGAGGAAAACGGGGGGGAAUACUCCCUAAGGAGGGGGAGAUCAAAAGAGGGACCCAGACAGAACGAUUCUGUUAAGAGGGAAGACAAGGGAGGGGGUGGCAGCAGAAGUGGGAAAGGAGGAAAUAUUAAGGGGGGGAAGGCUGGGGGGGAGGCUAUCCAACCGAGUGGGGCCACCCCAAGAAAAGGAUCUCUAGGUAAGGGAUCUCCAAGUAAGAGCUCUCCAGGUAAGGGCUCUUCAAGUGCACGCUCUCCGGGCGGAGGCUCUCGAAGCGGACGCUCCCGAAGUAAAGACUCACCCGAUCUGGGAACCCCCGUCGACAAGAGGAAAAACGCCGCCCACGCGAAGAGAGCGAAAGGGACAACCCCUUCCAUCGAAGUAAAAAUGAAAGGAGGUGCGACAGUUGGGAGGGCUGUCGGGAAGGCAACCGGUAAGACAAGCGACACGGUAGUCGACGCGACAAAUGAGAAAAGGGCACACAGCGUGUCGUCCAUCAGUGUGAAUAACUCCCUCUCGGGUGAGAAUGCCUCCUCGCAAGGAAAGGGAAAGUGGAAGGAGAAUCGGGAGGGAGGAGCGGAAGACGAACCCAUCCCAGAUAGCCAUCUCAUCAAAAAUAUCAAUUCAGAAGAACUCGAAAGUAACAGAGCCAAAUAUAGCAUCAACAGGAGUAGCACUGUCGAAUGGAAUGAACAGAUAGAUGCAGGAGUUUCAGUCAUCGGAGGAACGAAGGAAGGAGCAUCCAAGUCGCCACUCAACCGAAGCAUUAAAAGAAGGUUGUCCCAAAUUAUUGACGUGAUGAAGAAGAAGCAGGGGUUUCAACGGAUUGGGGAUCAGGACGAAGAGUAUAGAAUUCAAUUUGAAGGAAAUGAGUCAGCAGGGACAGGUACCAAAGCAGGGGUGGAUGUUAUCAAAGGAGAAGUAACUAGCCAAAAGGGAAAAGAAACCACAGAUGCACAGGGACAGAAGAAUAACAACGGGCUCUUCUUGCAGAGAGUGAACUUAGACGUGAUUUACAACAAACUCCAUUAUGACUUCUACAAAGGGGAAGACGAGUUCCAUCGAGAUAUGCUCGUCAUAUUUGACAGAAUAAGACUAGCCAUAGAAAUGGAGAAGAACCCAAAAGAAAAACAGAAUCUGUACCAACUUAGAUGCAACGCUUGGAUGACCUACGAGGGGGAGUUCUACAAGCUGCUUCUCUCCAUGAGAGGCACGAAGGAAGCGAAGAAAUUUUCCUCCACACAGAAGGAGCUGCGUGAACAGGAGGAGAAGUACUUGGCGCAGCUGCUUCUGGAGUCAAAUAGGACAGAAUUGGAGGAGCGGGAGAAGAAGAAGGAGAAGAAGAAGGAGGAGAAGAAGAAGGAGGAGGAGAAGAAGAGGGAACAGGAGAAGGCAGCCUUGGGGGCGAAGACAAAGCAGGGGAAGACCCUACCCAAGUUAAAGGGGAGUGGCGGUGGUGCUGAGCAGCGGUUGAAGGGGCAGCAGUUGGAAGGGAAGCAGUUGGAGGGGAAGAGGUUAGAGGAGGCUUGUCCUGCCAGGGGCAGAGCUGACCACGAAGACACGAACAAGAGGCCAAGCUCACCAUCCUUUAGCCUGGAAGCAAGUAGGCUCCUCGGGGGGAAGAAGCCCGCGGAGGGGAGCAAUAAGCCCUUCAGAGUUCGAUUGCGCCUGAGUGGAUUCUCCCUGGACGAUGCUGUGACAGUGAGCAAGGGGGACGAGGAUAAUCGGAGCGGGGGGGCCAGCCUGAGGGGUAGCGGCACGAGUUGUGCCACUUCGCCCGAGAAGGGGGCCGUAGCAGCCGGGGCAGAACCCGGAGUAGCCGCCAAAAUAGCAGCGGUAGAGCCUCUCUCCGAGGAGUGGAAGAAAUUAAUCAGGGACCACGUGUUGCAGAGCCUCAUCAGAGACAGCAACACGGCGUUGUAUUUCACUACCCCGGUGCUGGAGGAUAAAAAUAUAAGUGACCAAAUAAGGAGCGAAUAUAAAAAUAAGAUAAAGAAGCCAAUGGAUUACACGACUGUGUCGAGAAAUCUUGACCUUGGGGUGUACCAGAAUCCAUCGGAGUUUUACAAGGACCUAAAAUUGAUUUUUCAGAACUGCCUUGACUUCAACCCAGACAUAUUACAGAAUCAGUACAUCGUAGAUGCGGCGAAACGGGCACAGGAGAGGGCUUCAAAUGUGUGGCGGAAGUGGAAAAGGAGGAUUGUGCAGGCGUACGAGCAGGGAGGCUACGCGGGGGGGGAGUCGCUUACAACUCCUACCAUGCCUACCACGGUUAGGAUGCCUCCCACGGCUACCGCGCUUCCCACUGCUACCGCGCCCACAACGAGUAUCCCUCCUGUUAGUCUGGCGAGCUACAUCGAAUUCUUCAAAAACAUGACGAAGAAGAAGAAAAAGUUGAGCUGUCUAUACACCAUGUGGGUAGAGUACCUAUUGGCGAACCGCGUAACCUUUGAGGAGUUGUGCACCAUGAGGGGUAUAGACUGGAAAGAGCUAAAGGAGAAAAGCCAAGCGAAGGUUUCGAGCCCGAGAGAGGUGAACCUGAAUCGGUUUAAGAAGCUGAAUAAUCGGAGCCUGCCGUUUUAUGUGUUCAGGGAGGAGUACCAGGCUGCGUUGAGGGAGCGUCGCGAGGAGGUGAGGAAGAUGGAGAAAUUGCAGGCGGGGGAGAAGCUAGAAGGGGUUGUGAAUCUAGACGACAAGGGGGUACGACGAGACAGUGCCGCGACGGACCACCCACAAGAUACAAAUUUCAGAAUUUUGCUGAAGGACCCCCGCACGUGGAAUCAGAAGCAGAAGUUGAGACCCAUUGAAGAAGGACUUCCCAAAGAACCUACAGUGAAGCCGUUUAGAAGCAGAAAAAGAAGAAUCAAUAAUGCCAUUUUUUUUGAUGAAGAUAUAUUUGACAAAUAUUUGGAAGGGAAGAGGAGCUGCGUGGUGAAGUGUGCGCGGAAUGUCUUCCUUGCCGACUGCUUUUACUACGGCAGUGUUGUGGAGAGCUUGAGGGAUUUCAUGGCGGAGGGGGAGGAUGACAUUAUAGGUGUGGAAACGAGAGAGGAAGACUUGGGCGACGUGAAUGCGAAGGAGGAAGAGAUGAGAGUAGUUAACUCGAACGAGGAGGACUUCCGCGGAGUCAACGCGAAGGAGGAAGGCAUCGGAGGAAACCAAUCGGCAGAGGCCAUCUCGCGCGAGGCUGCCACCCACAGGGCGAACAAAAUAGCCUUCCGCAUCCGAGCGGUGAGCGAGGAGAAGCGGGCCAGGAGAGGAGCCGUCUGCAAAGGGUUCGAGGAGAGCCCCGUGGGGGAAGACGAAACGGAUGUGUCCUGGGGUGCGCGUCGUGAGGGAGGCGACGCUGGAAGCGGUGGAGACGGUGCAGACGAUAGAGUAGUCCAUGAAAGAAGCUUAGUGGAGGGGGACGCUACCCGCAAAGGAAACGAGGGCACACGGGUGGAACGCCCAGCGGAGGAACCUGCUGAUGCCCCCGCGUUCCACAGGAUACACCAGCUAGCCAACAGCGCUACGGGGCCUCCCCAAGGAAGAAAAAAAAAAAAAAAAUAA